UAAUUGUGUGUAAUACCUGAAGCAGAGUUCAAAAGUCUGCACUGUUGUUAGAUCUCAAGCUCCCAAGAAGUUGUGUUUCUCGACCAAAAGGCUGGAAAAGAAAAAAAGAUACUAUGGAUAACUGUCACUUGCAUGUCAUAGCUGUGGUCCUUUACUUUAAUCUUCCUGGAUCAGCGGGAGCCAAGUCACAGCAGAUCCUUCCUGCUACACAUCGCCGUUCAGAGUGCCGGUGGGAUGGGCAGUUCUUACUGAAUUGCUCUUUUACCAGAAUAUCUACUAUUCCAGAAGAUACAUCACAAAUAGCAGUAACAGCUGAUUUGAGUUACAAUAAUAUUAAAACUUUUGUGUGCUCUGAUGGAAGAAACGAAGAGUGGAUGCUAAAACACCUGAACCUCAGUAACAACCUGCUUUCUGAACUUACUUUAACUACUUGUACAAAUUUACCCAAUUUAGAAACUCUAGACCUCAGUGGUAAUGCCAUCCACACCCUCACACUGGACAUGCCUACAUCUGCACAAGGGUCUAAAAAGUACAGCAUUGUUGAUCGUCUCCUGCCUGCUUUGAAAGUAUUGUCAAUUGAAAGAAAUAAUCUUAAUACAGUUCCAAGAGGGCUAGGCCUCCUGCAGUCUUUACAAACUGUCCAUAUGUCAUCCAAUGCCAUACAACACAUUGACCCAAAGGACUUUCAAAACUGUUCACAGCUGAAGGACAUUGACCUGAGAAACAACAAGAUAACUAAAAUUCAUCCAGAUGCCUUCAGAGAUCUCAACAAAUUACAGGUUGUGGAUCUCCGUGGCAAUGCUCUGACAAUCCCUCUGCCACAGAUACUAGUCAGUUUGAACUUUUUUCAACUUGAAGUGUAUUUGUCAAAGAACGCCUGGAUAUUUAACUGCAGGCUAAAUGCUUUUAAACAUUUCUUUCAUUUUGUCUUUGACUCCACAAGGCAGAAAUUGAGCCUUUCAUACAAUAAGUCUGCCAACAACUCCCAGAAACCUCUGCUGUAUCUUUCAAGUUUCCAUUUAAACUGCAGGGACGUUUUGCUCAAAAGGGCCACAGUGCCAACAGGGACCACAUCAGUGCUGACCUGUAACUUGGACAACAUAAGGGGCAAUGGAGUCUCUUGGUGGACACCUAAGGGCAGAAUUUCAAAAAAUCAUAGUCUUCCUCAUAUGACAUUUGAUAAAAUGAAUAAUUUAGUGAUAUACAAUGCUGAGAAAACUGCUGAAGGAUUAUACUUAUGUCUUUUUAAUACAACAAAAGAGAAGUAUCUAAUUUACAAUAUAGAGGUGAAAGAAGGAGUCUCAGCAUUUUUGGUUAGAGAAGCCAGGGACACUGUUUCUAGACAGAAAGAAACUGAGCCAAACUUUGCACUGGCUGUCUCCCUCUCUGUGCUCAUUACAUUUGUUUGUGCUUUUUGUCUGGGUGCUUUUGCUAGACCCUACCUGGAGCGCCUGUGGAGACUCAUGCGCAGGAGCAAAAAUUCAGGGUCAGAACACACUUAUUCUAAUCAAGCUUUUUCAGCUGAAACCUUGAGCAGAGAGUCUUCUGCAAGCAAGCCAACAAACAUGCAGUGUAAUACAUUAAUUUGCGAUAAGAAUUCUUUAAGAAACACAACGAUUUUUCCUACAGAAGCUACUGUGUAUGAAAAUGUCACUGGCAGUCGUGUACAUUCACCAAAUCCCAAAGCAGAGUACCAGAAAAAAAGCAAUACCGAGAUCAACAUGAAGAAAAUGCCAGUGUUUUCAAAACUCCAAACUAGUAUUGACAAUAAUGAAAGCAUAAAUGUUUAUGAUACUGAACUAUUCUUUCUGAGGACGGAUUACCAGAACAGCAACGAAAUAACACCAAACAGCAAAGUAAGAAACAACUCUGGUCUGCUGCAGUCUGAGAUCACAAAAGCUACACCAGAUUCUCCAGAAAGAAAAGGUGUUCUUUUACAUAAUAAACCCAGGCACACUAGAAAAUGUAUGCAGAGAAGGCAAAGCUGUGAAGAACAACUUCGUCUAAAUGGCAACAAAAAUAUACCUAGUGAAGUUGGAGAUUUUAUUUCACCCAGUAGCUUCAGAAGAGAUGCAGAUAUUGAGAAAUUAGGCAUCUAUGAAACAAUAGAAAACUCUCCCACAACAGAGCAUGACUGUAAAAGGAUACAUUCAGAUGAAAAAGAUGCUUCAGCUGAUAUAUUUGGUGACAGUUCUUCAGCUGAAGGGGCUCCAUUCACAAUGAGUGACUGCAGCUCUUUAGCAGACUUUGAAGUGGAACAAUCUGGUAUCAGUGACAAGCUGCCAGCGUGUCAGUCACCACUGGAUGAAGCCAACACAGACAGUGGAACUGAGAAGUUCGUAACACCGCCAGAGUCUCCAAACAUGACUGCUGAACUUCAGCAGACUGGGAGAAAUGAAGAUGAGAACAGUGCCUAUUUUGAAACCACUAUUAAUUAUGGAUCAGAUACCACCAUGCAGGAAAGAGCAUCCCCUUACACUGAUAAAAGCAGUAGCCACAUAAGCGUGUCAGAUCCAGAUACAGUUAGUUCUUCAAGUCAAGAAAUUCCAGUUACAUUUGAUUAUUUUACUAAUGCAGAGUCAACAGUAAAAAAUUCUAUUUCUGAUUCUCUCCACAGUCAAAGUACAGAUUUUGGUAACAUGGUACUUAAGUUAAAACCUUUUCCCACGUAUGACACAGAGAAAACUUCUGAAGAGGAUGAACUGCAGCUUUCUCUGUUUCCCAGAGAACCACAGCAUUCCCUCACCUUCAGUCACACAGAUCAAAAAGAAAAUGUACCAUCAGGAAGUACAGAUGAGGACAUAGCCAGGAACUCCCCUGAACAGAGUCAUGGUGAAGCAGAUAUUAAUGCACAGUCAACAGUAAAAAAUUCUAUUUCUGAUUCUCUCCACAGUCAAAGUACAGAUUUUGGUAACAUGAUACUUAAGUUAAAACCUUUUCCCACGUAUGACACAGAGAAAACUUCUGAAGAGGAUGAACUGGAGCUUUCUCUGUUUCCCAGAGAACCACAGCAUUCCCUCACCUUCAGUCACACAGAUCAAAAAGAAAAUGUACCAUCAGGAAGUACAGAUGAGGACAUAGCCAGGAACUCCCCUGAACAGAGUCAUGGUGAAGCAGAUAUUAAUGCACAGUCAACAGUAAAAAAUUCUAUUUCUGAUUCUCUCCACAGUCAAAGUACAGAUUUUGGUAACAUGGUACUUAAGUUAAAACCUUUUCCCACGUAUGACACAGAGAAAACUUCUGAAGAGGAUGAACUGCAGCUUUCUCUUCUUCCCAGAGAAUCACAGCAUUUCCUCAGCUUCAGUGACACAGAACAAAAAGGAAAUACACCAGCAGGAAGUACAGAUGAGCACACAGACAGGAACUCCCCUGAAAAGAAUCACGGUGAAGCAGACACUACAUUACGAAGAAACACCAGUACAUCUGAGGACAAUGGCUUUAUUUUUGCUCCCAUUGAUACUCGUUUGAAUGAAGUUGUAAAAAAACCACCACUGCUGCACUCCAGUCAAGAAUCAUCUCUUCAAUUGCUGCCUGAACACACAGCGGAAAAACAUUUCAUUUUUCUUACACAGCAGGAUGACUUGCUACCACAGGAGAAGCAGGCUUGUGCAGAUAAAAUGCAAGGAGGUUCUGAUGAGAAAAAUUCCGAUGGAUUCACAGAAUUACAGGAUACCAGCUAUUGCAGUCUGCCUGAAGAAACACAGUCUUGGAGUCCUACAGCAGUUCAGCUGCAUCUUCAUAGUUCUGGGAAAACACAAUUCACAAAGUCAGAAUUCACAACAGAUGAUGCCUUCCAACGGGAUCAGAGUGAUGAGGAUCCAUAUUCCUUCUCAAUCCCACAAGGUUUCUUCGAUGAAAGCACACCAUACGGUUCAUGUUCCUUCCCACAAAAGCCUACAGGAAAUACAAUCUCUGAAAGCACUGAUUCCAGCAAGAUGAAGGAUCACGCUACUUUGGCAGAAGUGGAGAACCACUCUGCAACAACUUUUGAACUCCAAAAUUCCAGUAAAACGCUCAGACAAAAAAGUCAGACAAAUUCAGGACAGGACCAGUUUUUUGUUAAGAAGAAAAGAGCAUUUGAUGGAUUUGCUAAUAUUUUGCAAAGCAGGAGAACAAACUUCAAUAGUUGAAACACAAAGUGGUAAUACUAAGCUCCCGUAGCAUCUAUGUCAUUACAGCAGGUGUGAACAUUAUUUUGUUUUAAAGUGAAAUUACUUUUGUUUAGAAGAGUACUCAUAAAAAACCCAUAACAGACUUUAUAAAAAGCUACUCCAGAAUAUCAAUAAAGCUUUUGCUAAAUUAUAUUUACUUUCUCAUAAUUUGUAGUUGAAACUAAUAUUUCCCUUGGAAUUUGCUUCAGAUACUCAGUUUUGUCUUUUUGUCUAAAAUAAAUGCAAUAUGGAAAUUUA